AUGGAUUCUUCUACAAUUCUCAUCAUUGGGGGGACUUCUGGCCUCGGAGAAGGAUUCGCACGUCGUUUCUACGCCUUGGGCAAGAGAGUAAUAAUCACUGGACGACGUCAGAGCCGGCUUGAUACUUUGGCAAAGGAGAUGAAAGGUCUCGAGACCUACCAGUGGGAUGUUGUUAACCUCGCGGACUUGGGGAAACACGCCUCUAAAGUCCUCAAGCAAUAUCCCGACAUCGACACGAUCGUCAUGAUGGCCGGCAAGAUGGAGUCGUUCUCGUUCUUCAACCCUGCCGAAUCUAACGAUUCUAUGAUCACCUCGGAAAUCAACACCAAUCUCACCGCACCCAUUAUCCUCUCCCGUACCUUUGUCCCCUUCCUAGCUUCCCUUGCAAGCGAAGGGAAGACCGCAAAUCUAAUUUUUGUCACCUCAGGGCUGGCAUACAUUCCGCUUGGCUUUUAUCCUGUUUAUUGUCCCACAAAGACUGGAAUCCAUUACUUUGCCCUUACACUCCGCCAGCAGCUAAAUUAUGCUCCCGAGGUUGUGAAGAAGAACCUCUCAAUCUGCGAGCUGUCACCUCCUUACGUUGAUACUGCGCUCGACGCUGGCUUCCGCGACAAGGUGAAUGCGACGCUUGGAGAUCGUGCGCCUCCUCCAAUGCCUCUUGAAGAGUACCUGGAUUUGGCGAUGAAGGGCUUGUCCGAGAAAGGCCCAGAAGGAAAGAUGUUGAAGGAAGUCACGGUGCCAGGAUUCAGUGAGCUGGGGGUAACGGCUUGGAGAGGAAGUCUGGGAAAGAUCCUGGAGGGAAUGGGCGUGGAUUGUUAA